CAUGUGGGACCCAUUUGGGGCGGUGCCCAUGUCUGCAACUCUGCGUCCAGUUCGGCGAGAUCGAGCAAGACGACCAUGGUGGCGAGAGAGACAUGGGAUUUUUUUUUACUCGCCACGGUAACAGAUUCUUGCGAACACUACAGCUCUAUGUGGCCACCGGCCGCGGUUCGGCGAUGGUAGUUUCGUCACACCGCCUGCGCUGCACCGCACGCCGAUGGUGCUAGCAUGGUGGGAGGUUUAGUUUUGUCCCAGGCGCAGUCGCACCAGGUCGCCACGCCGAGAACCGCCGCGCCGGCGACGGUGCCGGCGCAGGCGCUGGAGAAGAGGCUGAGGGAGCAGGCCGCGCCAUGCGGCACGGCGGCGGCGGCCGUCUCGGCGCGGAGCGUGGACGAUGUCAGGACAGCGCACGCGCGGCACAUCAAGCUGGGCCUCGACCGCUCCCCGCGGCACGCGCGGCCGCUGCUCGCGGCGUGCGCGCUCUCGGGCUGGCCGGGCGGCAUGGAGCUCGCGGCGUCCAUCUUCGAGUCCCUCGACGAACCGGAGGCCUUCGACUACAACACCCUGAUGCGCGGCCACGUCAGCAGCGGCCGCGGCGACCGCGACCCGUCGGCCGCGCUGCGGCUGUACGCUGACAUGCUGGAGGCCGGCGUGGAGCCCGACAACUACACGUUCCCGUUCGUCCUCAAGGCGUGCGCGCAGCUCGCGGCCUUGCAAGAAGGGAGGCAGCUGCAGGCGCACAUCGUGAAGCUCGGGUUCCAGCACGACGAGCACGUGCAGAACAGCCUCAUCAGCUUCUACGGUAAGUGCGGCGAGCCGGCGAUGGCUCGCCUGGCGUUCGACCGGACGGAGGCCGAGGAUCGAACGCCGGCUUCCUGGAGCGCGCUCCUCGCGGCGUACACGAGGGCCGGGCUGUGGGGCGACUGCCUCGAAUCGUUCGGCGCGAUGGUGCGGGAGGGGUGGAGGCCCGACGAGAGCUCCAUGGUCAGCGCGCUCUCGGCGUGCGCGCACCUGGGCGCCUACGACGUCGGGCGGAGCAUCCACUGCGCCCUGCUGAGGAACGCCACGAGGCUGAACACCAUCAUGGAGACGUCCCUGGUGGACAUGUACGCCAAGUGCGGAUGCAUCGAGAAGGCCGCGGCGGUGUUCGACGCCAUGGACGGCAAGAACGCGUGGGCGUACAGCGCCAUGGUGUCCGGCCUGGCGCUGCACGGGGACGGGCGGAAGGCGCUGCAGGUGUUCGAUGCGAUGGUCCGGGAGGGCCAAGCGCCCGACGCGGCCGUGUACGUCGGCGUGCUCAACGCCUGCAGCCGCGCCGGGCUGCUCGAGGACGGGCUGCGGUGCUUCGACCGGAUGCGGCUGGAGCACAAGGUCGCCCCCAACGCGCAGCACUACGGCUGCAUGGUGGACCUGAUGGCCCGCGCCGGGAGGCUGGGCGACGCGCGCGCGCUCAUCGGGAGCAUGCCCACGGGGCCGACGGGCACGGCCUGGCGGAGCCUGCUCAACGCGUGCCGGAUCCACGGCGACCUGGGCCUCGCCGAGCGCGCCCUGCAGGAGCUGAGGCGCCUCGGCGCCGCCAACGCCGGCGACUACGUCAUCGUCGCGGACAUGCACGCCAGGGCCAAGAACUGGGACGCCGCGGCCGCGCUCCGGACAGAGGCGGCGGACGGGGGCCUCGCGCCGUCCCCCGGAUUCAGCGCCGUGGAGGUGCGCGGCGAGGUGCACCGGUUCGUGUCCCAGGACAUGUCCCACCCGCGGAGGCGCGACAUCUACGAGAUGCUCCACCAGAUGGAGUGGCAGCUCCGGUUCGACGGCUACGAGCCCGACACGUCGGAGGUGGCGCUGGCCGUGGGCGAGGAGGAGAAGCGGCGCGUGGCCGCCGCGCACAGCCAGAAGCUGGCCAUGGCGUUCGGCCUGCUGAGCACGCCGGAGGGGACGCCGGUGAGGGUCGUGACCAACCUCCGGAUGAGCAAGGAGUGCCACGCGUACAGCGCGCUGAUCUCAGAGAUCUUCGGGCGGGAGAUCGUCGUCAGGGACCGGAGCCGGUUCCACCGGUUCCGGCGCGGCGCGUGCACCUGCAGGGAUCACUGGUAACGGCCUGGCGACUCUGAUUGGUGGUGUAAAUAUGAACAACAAUUUCUUCCUUUUUCGAAUUAUUAUCAGUGUGUAUGAUUCCUUUUGCUGUGAAUGGAUUACAUGGUACACAUCUUUGAAGGAAA